AUGAAGACAUCCGUGCGCCAUGCCGAGAAGAGGAGAACAUCGACUUGCCGCUUUGCCGAUCGAAUAGCCCAGUUUUGUGUGCAGCAUUUCAAGCAGCACAUUCCAUCCUCGUUUCGUGAAGAGCAAAAACAAACAUGCCUGGCUGCCAUUGUGGCAUUUGUGGAGGGUAAUGACAACAACAGCGAAGAACUUGACAACGGCUGCAUCUACAUGUUGGGUAUGGGAGUAGGGACCAAAUUCUUGCCCAAUGAACUGCUCGAUGAGGAAAUCAAAUUGGAUCAUUCCUCUUGUACUACAGGGAAUCUAGUAGGAGGCUACGGUAGGCGUGUCCGAGAUUGCCACGCCGAGGUUUUGGCCAAGAGGGCAUUUCAGCGACAGAUCCUACUCACCAUGUUGCAAGACUUGAACCUGCUGCCAGGAUCUCCUGAUCCCCUACCUAUUCUUCGACGAGUACAAGUGGAUGACAACACCAAGGAUGUUUGCUAUGGAUUGAGGCCGGGAGUAUCUCUACACAUGUACACCAGCUCUGCCCCCUGUGGAAAUGCCACGCUCAAAAAGUUUGCCACAAUGACAAAAGAAAUCUUCCAAGAAAACCUGGCCGACAACGAAUGGCCAAAGACCGUCCAUGAACCGAUUCUUGGGCAUUCCAUCCCACUGGGACAAUUCGCAUUGCUAGUGAAGAAGGAAAGAAUACCCCCUCCGGCAUCAAAGAGUCCCCCAAGCCUUGAAUCAAGCGAACACAAUAGCAAUCUGCAAAAAAGAAAGCCGCCCAAAGAUUGUCCCGCCACUCAGUCCACCGACUGGUGCCCACCUGGCACAUCCACCGUCUGGUCGGGACAGGGAACCAUACAUACUUGUUCGGACAAGAUUUGUCGAUGGAACUGUUUGGGAUUGCAAGGGUCGUUGCUAGCUUCCCUACUGGAACAUCCAUUGAAAAUGGCCACCUUGACGGUGGGAAGAAAACUGACCGAAUCCGUGUGCAGGCGUGCGGUAUGUUGCCGAGCGUCGGCAGGAAAGCGAAAAAAGAACAAACAAAAGAUGAUAGAUCAAGAUUCUCCGCCCAAGUGGGCCUCCUACCAAGUCAACCAUCCAACAAUCAUGGGAACCUCCGUGUACAUGGAUGACAGUGGUGUCAUAGAAACGCCGUCGCCAGAGAAGAAUGAAAGCAAUGGAGAUAAUAUGCGAGUGGAAGGUCAAGACGUUCGUUUCCACUCGACACUGUCUUGGGCAUGGUGGCCAUUCAUUGAAUACGACAAUUCAUUCCCUUUGGGAUAUCAGCAAAAGAACGGGGAAGUAGUUGCCGAGUGCAUUGAUGGUGCCACUGGCCUUGUGGCAGUAGUAACAAGCCAUUCUGAGCAAGAGGGAGUUGAUACUAGUAGUUCUGAGCCAUUCUUGUCCAGAGUGAGCACAGUGGCGUUGGUAGACCUGUACUGUCAAGUAGCCGCUGCAAUGGUACGCGAUGAAUGUAAGAAUACUUCGAAACUGUCAAGACCCAAAACUUUGGUGGAUUUGCGAGCAUUCAAGCGACAAACUUCUCCUGUCUAUGAAGCCCAGAAGGAGGAGCUUCUCACCAAGCACCCUCUCUUUCGUCAGUGGAAACGUCGAGAGAACAAAAUUGAUUGA